AUGGAUGGCAACGUGGAAAGCAAGCCCGCGCGAGCCGGUGACGAAUGCGAACCGAACGAGAAGCACGACAUCCUAUAUGCGGGACCGACCACCACAUUUAACGAUGGCGCUGACACCAAGGGUGCUGCCACAGCGAAAGAUGGCAGCAUUGAUGCCGAAGUUGGAGAGAUCACCGUCGAAUCCGAUACCACACUCGACACUCCUUUACAGCUGGUCACCAAAACCCUCGACACGUCCGAUAACCCGAUCGAGAGAAUCUACACGUUCCGGGCCUUCUUUCUAGGGCUAGGCUUGUCGGCCUUCGGUGCUGUUCUCGCUGAGAUCUUCUACUUCAAGCCACAAACCGUCCUCGUGAGCAUCGUGUUUCUGAUCAUGCUCGCCUACUGUCUGGGGGAGGCUGUUGUCUUGAUCCCUCGCUGGGGCCCCGUUGGCCGUUUCCUCAACCCGGGACCAUUCACACAGAAGGAGCAUGUCUUCAUUGUCAUCAUGGCCAGCUCCGCCGCCACCUGUGCCCUCGGAACCGAACAGCUUGCCGCCCAGUCUCUAUACUACGGUCAUCAGCCCAACGCAGCGUCGGCCAUCUUCAUGCUGUUCUCUUCGCAAUGCAUUGGGUAUGGCCUUCUCGGUGGCAUACGCAAAGCCUUCAUCUACCCAACCAAGUUCGUCUGGCCAACACAACUUCCCAAUGCCGCGCUGUUCCAGUCAAUGCACUUGAACAAGGAACUCGCUAAGAAACGGCUCAAGAUCUUCUGGUACAUCUGCUUGACUGUGAUGGUCUGGGAGAUUGUGCCCCAAUGGAUGUUUCCUCUCACCACCGGAAUUUCCAUCUUUUGCCUUGCUAACCAGAACUCGGCCGUCUUUUCCCACCUGUUCGGAGGAUCCAAUGGAAACGAGGGCAUGGGCUUUCUCAGUUGGUGCAUGGAUUGGCAGUACAUCGGAGAAAAGGAGUUAAUUCUCCCUUUGAGUACAUUGGUCAACCAGCUCAUCGGCUACAUCGGUUGUAUUGCUUUGACCGUGGGGGCUUACUACUACGACCUGUGGGAUGCGAAGAAGUUCCCAUUCAUGGCACAGACGCUGUUCACUUCCAAUGGGACCGUCUACGAUCAAACACAGAUCUUGGGCCCAAACAACGAGGUAGAUCCAGCGGCUUUGGACGCCUAUGGGCUUCCCAGAUUUGCUACCAGUCAAGCUUUGUGUUUGUUGGUGUUCAACAUGGGAAUUACGGCAGCAGUGGUACAUGUCCUUCUCUGGAACUGGUAUGACAUCAAGUUUAUCUUCAACCCUUUCCGACUUUCAGCUUUGAAGCAAAACAUCAAGAAACUCCGGACAUUGCCCCGUCGGUUUAACUCCAUGUCAUCCUUCCGGAAGAGCUUCACCUCUGACUCAGACACCCCUCGCAAAGGAUAUCCCGGCACCGAGGGAGACCCCCAUUACGCCGCCAUGAGUGCGUACAAGGAGGUGCCAUCCUUCUGGUACUUCAGCAUCCUCGCCAUCUCAAUCCUGAUUGGUCUCGUUUGCUGUUACCAGCAAGAAACCGGUCUUCCUUGGUGGGCUUUCCUGGUUGCUGUCCUUCUAGCCUGGAUCUUUACUAUCAUCUUUGCGUGCAUGUACGGCAUUGUUGGAUUCUACUACCAACCUACCAGCGCCGUCCAAAUGAUCGGUGCUUACAUGGUUCCCCGCAGGCCGGUAGCAAACAUGAUGUUCACCCUCUAUGGGUCCAAUGGCCUGGUGCAAGCUAUCACGAUGUUGGGUGAUCUCAAGCUGGCACAAUAUGCAAAGCUCCCACCCAGGGCAACCUUCCUUGCGCAGGUUGUAGGGACUUGUGCUGGCUCCGUGUUCAACUGGGUCAUGAUGAACAGUAUUGUGGAUAAUCAGCGUGAGAUCCUGCUGUCUGUUGAAGGCACCAACAUUUGGUCUGGUCAGAAUGUACAAACGUACAAUUCGCAGGCAGUGGCUUGGGGAGGUGCGGCCAAUGAGAUCUUUGGACGACAUGGAACGUACUGGAUGGUGCCGAUGGGCCUGUCCUUUGGGAUCUUCGUCCCAAUUCCAUUUUGGAUCGCCCACAAGUACUUCCCCCAACUCAAGCUCAACUACUUUAACACCUUCAUCAUCUGCACUUGGCUCGGUUGGCUGUCCGUCGGCAUCAACUCCUCGCUUUUGGCAUACUUCGUGUUCGGCUUCUUUGCCCAGGGUUAUCUCCGUCGUUACAAGCCUGUACUGUUUGCCAAGUGGAACCUCAUUGUUGCGGCGGCCAUAGCCGGUGGUUGUUCCUUGAUAAUCUUCAUCCUCACCUUUGCCGUGGCGGGCGGCAGUGGGAAAGCCAGAGACUUCCCGGUGAGUAGCCCUAAAUCGUGUUACGUCCUCUCCUCGUCCUUCAGCGUUUACUGA